UGAUCAUCGUAGUCGUACAAUACAUGUAUUAUUUUCCGCUUUCCAGACUUCCACUUAUCGUCCAACAGGUCCCUGGCUUAUGAGCAAGCAAUGGCAGGUUUAUCUUAGGACGCAUUCUGGCGUCCUUCAACUGCAUAUUACAGAGACGAAGCGGGUAUAGGUGACGCCGACAUUCACAGGUGGAUCUGCAACAUUAUACUAGUUUUCAGCUCCGUAUGUCGAUGUGGGUCUUUUGAAUGUCGACCUCAGCUAUGUUUUGGAGCCUGUCGGUUUUGUAAUUCAUGGAGAAACAAAAUUUUCUUCCUUUCUUCGCCUUCAGGAUUAGGAUUUAAGUCCAGUUUGAAUUCAGCGGCAAUGGGCAGAGGUCCACAUGUUCCAAUGGCCGGUGACACUGGCGCUAAGGCGGAUGAAACGGCCCCUCUACUGCCAUCUUCCGCAGAAGGGGAUUCUCGCUCGGGACUGGACCACGCCGAUGAAGUGGACGAGGAAAACCAGCCCACCAUAGAUGGGAGCAGUGGUAAAGAGGGAACUCGAAAGUUUCUCAAUGGCUUUAUUGCUAUCCUCCUAAUAGGUGUUUUAGUUUCUCAAGCGGACACCAGUAUCGUGCUUGUGACUUACGGACAGAUAUCCUCCGAACUCAAUGACUUCCAGUCCGGAAGCUGGCUUAUGACAAGCUACAUGUUGGCACAGUGCAUUGCGCAACCGUUGUAUGGAAAGCUGAGCGACAUCUUCGGACGGAAAUGUUGCCUCCAGGCCUCGUACAUGAUAUUUGUAAUCGGCACAAUGGGCUCAGGACUGGCAAAGUCCAUGUCUCAAAUCAUCUCGGCACGGGCUGUUCAGGGCUGUGGUGGUGCGGGCAUGGUUUGUGUAGUGGCUAUUCUUCUGACUGAUCUUGUCCCUGUGCAUGAAGUGGCACUGUACCGCUCGUAUGUCAACGUCAUACAAACUAUAGGCCGGAGCUGUGGAGGCGCAGUCGGUGGCUACCUUGCACAAGUGAUUGGUUGGAGAUGGGUUUUUUUGGGCCAAUGCCCGCUUGUUCUUGUUGCUCUCUGGCUUGUCAAUAAGAAGCUGCCAGACAUCACAAAGAGACCAUCCAACAGACAUAGUACAUGGGAUAAACUCAGGCGCGUUGACAUUGCAGGAGCAAUUUCUAUGAGUCUCAGCAUUGUAUUUUCCUUACUCAUACUUGAUACGGGUGGGCAGAGGCUCCCAUGGGAUCAUCCCAUAAUAAUCGGUGCAGCUGCAAUUGCUCUCGCGAGUGGCACUAUGUUCGUUCUCAUCGAAAAUCACUGGGCGCAGGAGCCAAUAUUUCCACUCAGGUUGAUAACACAAUACCCCGUGGUCAAUUCUUAUACAUUGAUUGCGCUCCAGAAUUUGACACAAAUAGCUCUUAUGGUUACAGUGCCACUGUACUGGCAAGUGACAAAGAAUGCAAGUCCGGCUGCUGCAGGGUUUUAUCUUAUCCCGGCCAUCAUUGGCAAUACGCUGGGUGGUCUUCUUACAGGCAGAUGGAUUAUGAGAUAUCGCCGUUACAAACUGCCUAUUGUGGUGGCAUCAGUGAAUUCGAUGUUUACUUUUGCGUCGAUAAUCAUCUACUGGCGUGGAAACACAAGCCCACUGGAAAGUCUACUAAUCUUCUCCGGGGGUUUUGGAACGGGAAUUGCUCACUCGGCAGUCUUUGUAUCACUCGCGAAUGGUGUGGCAGAUGAGGACAUAGCCAUCGCAAGUUCAGGAUUUUAUCUCAGCGGAAAUAUUGGGGGCCUAAUUGGGGGAGUUCUUGGUGUCAGCGCGGCCAGCGCCGUCCAUCAAGUCACACUACGGCGUGGAUUGCUCACGGCCUUCAAAACAAACACCAACUGUAAAGAGAUCGUACGGAGGGCAUUGCAAGACAUCAGGUUCGUUCAAAAUGCCAACGAAAGGCUUCGAAGACUCAUGCUGCCUGCAUACAUCGCAAGCUUUCAGGCAGUAUUCUACAUGGGCCUAGCAUGUGCUGCACUUGUUUUGGUUUCAGGGCUGCUUGUCCGCGAACACCGACUCCGUGAGAAAUGAGGCGCUAAGAAAAGAAUACAUGCCAAGAUUUUUAUACCUGCGUAUAGAUAGGCUAGCUGGAGAUAGAACACCGAAGUACAUGAUUGGCCUAUCUAAUGUUUGCUUGCUUGUGUUUAUGUGAGAUUCCUGUUGGCCGUGGGAUUCUGCCCAGGGUCGGGUGAGCGAGUUGACCGUCCUACUGACUGUACAAGACCACCAUAUGGGGAUAGAGGGCUAUAGGGAGUAAUCCAAAUGAAUAAGGCGAGUAUGAAUGUAUGUUCUCUUACCAAUCAUACAUGAGCUGG